CUUGCUGCAGAUUGAAGCCAAACAGUCCCCUCCGCGUUAUCCCUUACCAAUCACCACGACGUUGUCUCGACCGCUUUUUCGUGCGCUCCUCGCGCGCCCGUCGGCGUCGUUCGUCCUAGGAUUAUCCAACACAUUGGCAAUGACUACCAACAGCGCACGAGGAAACCCGAUCGCCGCGGCGGACCCGCAACAGGAUGGCGCACCGCCUCCGGUGUCCGGCGACACCAAGGCCGCCACUCAGUCGAGUUCAUCCGGCCAGGACGUAGGCACGCCCCCCGCCCCGGCCAAGGUGAAGUCCGAGAAGGAGCUCGAACGGGAGCGCAAAAAGGCAGAAAAGCAAGCCAUGUUCGAGAAGAAGAAAGCUGCCCGGGCUGAGGCAGCCACCACCGCUGUGAAAAAGACCAAGGAGAAGGAGAAAAAAGCCGAGGUGGAGGUCCUACCUCCUUACGUUGAGGUCACCCCAGAAGGAGAGAAGAAGCAGCUCAAGCCGUUUGACGACCCUUACUAUUCCUCGUAUCACCCUGUUGCUGUUGAGUCGGCUUGGUAUGCUUGGUGGGAGAAGGAGGGAUACUUCAAGCCACAAUUCACACCGGAAGGCGAGGUCAAGCCCGAGGGCAAGUUCGUCAUCGUCGUGCCUCCCCCAAACGUCACGGGAGCCCUGCACAUGGGCCACGCCUUGGGCAACUCACUGCAAGACCUGAUGAUCCGCUAUAACCGGCAAAAGGGAAAGACCACAUUGUGGCUACCCGGUUGCGACCAUGCUGGCAUUGCGACACAGAGCGUGGUGGAGAAGGCGCUUUGGAAAAAGAAACAACAGACCAGGCAUGAGCUUGGCAGAACACAGUUCAUCGAGCUCGUCCAGGAUUGGAAGGAGGAUUACCACCAGAAGAUCAACAAUGCCUUCAGAAAAAUGGGAAGCAGUCUUGAUUGGAGUAGAGAGGCGUUUACAAUGGACGAGCACUUUUCAGCAGCUGUCACGGAUGUUUUCGUCAAAUUCCACGAAGAGGGCAUCAUCUAUCGAGCUAACCGUAUAGUCAACUGGGAUUCUACAUUGACGACCGCCCUCAGCAACGUCGAGGUGGACAGCAAGGAGUUGACAGGACGGACGCUUCUUGACGUACCAGGAUACGACAGAAAGGUCGAGUUCGGAAUCAUUGUUCAUUUCAAGUAUCCCAUCGAGAACUCGGAGGAGACUAUUGAAGUUGCGACAACGCGUCCCGAGACUAUGCUAGGUGACAGCGGCAUCGCUGUACACCCCGAUGAUCCUCGGUACACCCAUCUACUGGGCAAGUUUGCUGUUCAUCCCUUCAUCGAGGGCCGGAGGCUUCCAAUCGUGGCCGACAGAUAUGUCGACCGCGAGUUCGGUACGGGUGCCGUCAAAUUGACACCAGCACACGACCCUAACGAUUUCAAGCUGGGCAUGACCCACAACCUCGAGUUUAUCAAUAUCUUGACAGAUGACGGAUUGAUCAACGAGAAUGGCGGCCCGUACCAGGGCCAGAAGCGAUUCGACGUCCGAUACUCCAUCCAGGACGAUCUGAAGAAGCUCGGUCUCUACGUGGAUAAGAAGGACAACCCCAUGACUGUACCACUUUCAGAGAGGACCAAGGAUGUCGUCGAGCCCAUCAUGAAGCCACAAUGGUGGGUGAAGAUGGCUGAUCUCACAGAACCAGCCGUCAAAGCAGUCCAAACCGGCGAGAUCAAGAUUAAGCCCGAGUCGGCGGAGAGAAACUACCUCCAGUGGAUGGCAAACAUCAACGACUGGUGUAUCUCAAGACAGCUGUGGUGGGGACAUCAGUGCCCCGUGUAUCGUGUUCAUUUUGAAGGAGAGGAGGACAGCCCCGAUGUCAACGACAGGUGGUUCGCGGGACGAAGUAAGGAAGAAGCCUACGCCAAGGCCAAGAAGGCAUGGCCGGACAAGAAGUUUGAACUGGUUCGAGACGAAGAUGUCCUUGAUACAUGGUUCAGCUCUGGUCUCUGGCCUUUCGCAACGCUCGGCUGGCCUAACAACACUCUUGAUAUGUCUCGUCUGUUCCCUACCAGUGUCCUAGAGACCGGAUGGGAUAUCAUUCCCUUCUGGGUUGCUCGUAUGAUCUUCCUCGGUAUAAAGCUCACUGGCAAGGUGCCAUUCUCUGAGGUGUUCUGUCAUUCUUUGAUUCGUGACUCCGAUGGGCGAAAGAUGAGCAAAUCACUCGGCAAUGUUGUUGAUCCUUUGGACGUCAUUCGUGGCAUCGAGCUCCAAGCUUUACAUGAUAAGCUACUUGUCGGCAACAUUGCUCCCUCUGAAGUCAAGAGGGCUACUGUGUACCAGAAGACUGCAUUCCCACAAGGAAUUCCGGAAUGCGGAGCAGACGCUCUUCGUUUCGCUCUCAUUGCCUACACCACGGGUGGUGGCGACAUUAAUUUCGAAGUCAAGGUCAUCCACCUGUACAGGCGCUUCUGCAACAAGAUCUGGAACGCCUGCAAGUAUGUCCUCGGCAAGCUAGAGACCGUCAAGGACUUUGUUCCUGCGAAGCAGCCGGCUCUUACUGGAAAUGAGUCGCUAUCAGAGCUCUGGAUUCUCAGGAAGAUGAAUAACGCUGCGAAGGAAAUUUCCGAGGCUCUCGAGCAGAGAGAUUUCAUGAAGAGUGCCAACCUUGUAUACGCCUACUGGUACUUCCAGCUGUGCGAUGUCUUUAUCGAGAACUCGAAGGCUUUGAUCCAGGAGGGGUCUGAAGCUCAGGUGAAUUCUGCGAUCCAGACACUCUACACCACUCUUGAAGCAGCUCUCGUCCUCUCCCACCCAUUCCUUCCUUUCAUUACAGAAGAAUUGUGGCAGAGACUGCCCAGGCGGCCGGAUGAUGAAACAAAGAGUAUUAUGGUGGCGAAGUACCCCGAAUGGGAUCAGCAAUUCGAGAACCCAGAGGCUGAGGCCGCCUACGACAUCGUUCUGGGCUGCUCGAAGGGUGUCCGAUCCCUGAUAGCUGAGUACGCAUCCAAGGACGAGGCGAAGAUCUUCAUCCAUGCCUACGACGCAGCGUCGCACAAGACCGUGUCCGAGCAGAAGUCAUCCAUCCGUUCUCUCAGCGGAAAGGGCCCCAUGGAAAUCGAGAUCCUCUCGCCGGAGCAUACUCGCCCUUCCGGCUGCGUUGCUUUCCCCGUGUCCAGCGCCGUUUCUGUCUUCAUCUACGUCAAGGACCGCGUCGACUUCGACGAGGAGAUCGCCAAAGCGACAAAGAAGCUGGAGAAGACCCGUGCUGCUGUCCAGAAGCAGCACAAGCUCAUUAACGAUCCGGUGUACCUGGAGAAGUCGGCCGUCGCAACGCAGAAUGCCGAGAAGAAGAAGCUGGAUGAUCUGGAGAGCGAGGCGAAUGGCCUUGAGACAACUAUUGGGCAGUUUAGACAGCUGAAGCUCGAGUAA